CAUGUAUUUCGAAACAUGCCAACGUCUUGAACAACACUACCAAGUCGACUACUCCUCGCUUUUUUCUCCGCGGUGUCUACAAUCAUGGCCAAUAACAUGACACUUCUCUGGUGCACCUUCUCGGUUCCGUGCUGGCGGGUUAUGAUCGCUCUGGAGGAGAAAAUGUUGCAGGGAUACAACCAGACGCUGUUGGACUUCGAUAAAGAAGAGCACAAAUCUACAAUAGUCAUGGACCUCAACCCCCGGGCACAGCUCCCUACAUUCAAACACGGGGACUGCAUAGUGAACGAGUCCUAUGGAGCUUGCAUGUAUUUGGAAAACCAGUUCAGGUCCCAGGGGACCCAGAUGAUCCCUGAGGGUCUAGCCGAACAGGCCCUGAUGUACCAACGCAUGUUUGAGGGCCAAACCUUCUACGAGAAACUUAGUGAUGUGGUCUACUAUGAGUAUUAUGUCCCUCAAGGAGAGAGACAUGACUCUGCUAUCAAGAGGAACAAAGGUAACCUUGCAAUUGAAAUUAAACUAUGGGAGGGAUACUUUCAGAAGAUGGAGGCAGGCUCUUACCUGGCAGGAAAAGCCUUCUCGUUGGCUGAUGUCCUUGUCUUCCCCACCAUUGCCUACUCCUUCCGCUCUGGGCUGUCAGCAGAGCGUUACCCCAAACUGGGAGCAUACUACUCUAUGAUGAAGGACAGACCAAGUGUCAAAACUACCUGGCCCCCACACUGGCAGGAAGACCAGGAAAAACCUCAGUGGGGUGACUUUCUCAAAGAGCUCUGAGACUCACUCCAACUAAAGGAACACCCACACAUUAUUUAAAGUAUUAUAGGCACUUAAAAUCUAUGUACACUAUAUAUACACAAGUAUGUGGACACCCCUUCAAGUUAUUGGAUUCGGCUGACAGGUGUAUAAAAUCGAGCACACAUCCAUGCAAUCUCCAUAGACAAACAUUAGCAGUAGAAUGGCCUUACUGAAGCUUAGUGACUUUCAGUGUUGUGCCGUCAUAGGAUGCCACCUUUCCAGCAAGUCAGUUCGUCAAGUUUCUUCCCUGCUAGAGCUGCCCUGGUCAACUAUAAGUGGUUAUUGUGAAGUGAAAUGUCUAGGAGCAACAACGCCUCAGUCGAGAAGUGGUCGGCCACACUAGCUCAUAGAACAGGACCGCCGAGUGCUGAAGCACGUAAAAAUCAUUAGUCCUCGGUUGCAACACUCACUACCGAGUUCCAAACUGCCUUUGGAAGCAAUGUCAGCAUAAGAACUGUUCGUUGAGAGCUUCAUGAAAUAGGUUUCCAUGGCCAAGCAGCCGCACACAAGCCUAAGAUCACCAUGCGCAAUGCCAACCGUCGGCUGGAGUG